UAUACAAUAAUAGAGGCAAGUACGAGUUGUUAAUUUAAUUCGAUGCGGUGGUUUGGGGCCUAGGGUUUCCCGUUCGUCCGCUUUGCCGUCUUCAACGCGACCGUCUUCAGUCUCUGAAUGGCACUUUAGAAACCGAAUGUCCGUCCUUUGUUCUACGUCGCAAAUUUAGGAACUUCUUCACUCCACAAAAAGAGGUUUUUUUGUGGCCUAUCCGAUUUGUUCAAUCCAAUCGAAACAAUUCUUGGAUGCCUAAAUUAGGAAAACUACAAACAAGACUGCCUGGUUCUUUGUCUGUGGCUGAGACUCUUGCAAAAUGGAAAGAUUACAAUGAUCACCUUGAUUCAUGUACCGAUGAAGCAAAACUUGCUCGUAGAGUUCCAGCCAAGGGAUCGAAGAAAGGCUGCAUGAAAGGUAAGGGAGGGCCAGAGAAUAUGCGAUGUAAUUACAGAGGAGUUAGGCAAAGGACAUGGGGGAAGUGGGUUGCAGAAAUUCGAGCACCGAAAAGAGGAAGUCGGCUCUGGUUGGGUACAUUUCCAACUGCGAUUGAUGCUGCACUUGCUUAUGAUGAAGCUGCAAGGGCCAUGUAUGGCAAUUUAGCUCGCCUCAAUUUUCCCAAUGUCUCAAUUCCAACCUUGCUAAAAGAAAAAGAAUUAUCAACAAAGGAUUCUCCUGAUGAAAUCAAGAGUACCAAGCAGUUCAUCAAAUUUUGUACUCUGAGGCCAAGGAUUGGCGCAUAUGUGGGAAGAGGAUUUCAUACUGGAGGUAAACUUGUCACUCAACUGUGCCAGUGAGUUUAUGUUAUGAUUAGGAAGGGAAAUCACUUCAAGAUCAUAACUGUAUUAAAAAAUUAAAAAAGAAAGAAGUAAAGAAACGUUUAGAACAUGACGUUAGUUUCUGGGGUGGGGGUGGGUGGGACAUUGUAUUUGUGCAAGAAAUUCAUGAAUAUCUGGAGAUCAUGGAAACCUUUGGCUAAUAUGCAGCUUGCGUCCACAAAACCAGACAGUGUGGGGUUUGUAGUUAAUAUAAUGAUUAACUUAGUUCAACUGAAAUCUCUGUACCAUAUGAAGUUGUCCUAAAUAUGAUCUUCUCAA